AUCAGCCCCAAAAUCCUGUGAGGAAAUGAGCUGUGAGUUUGGAGCCUCGUGCGUGGAAGUCAACGGCUUUGCCCACUGUGAAUGUCCAUCACCGCUCUGCUCAGAGGCCAACAUGACCAAGGUGUGUGGCUCUGAUGGUGUCACUUAUGGGGACCAGUGCCAACUGAAGACCAUUGCAUGCCGGCAGGGCCAGGUCAUCACGGUGAAGCAUGUGGGGCAGUGCCAUGAGUCCAUCACCCACACAAGCCACACCUCACCACCCACACCACUGCCCACGCUGCCCCUGGACAAGUUAAUCCUUCCUCCACCACUGCGACUCACCACCCGGGCUCCAGAACCCACUGAGCUGGCUACCAGCUCCCUGCUGUUGGAAGCCAGACCUACUGAAAGAGGUCACCCUACAACAAGACGCAUCACGACUGCCAGACCAGCCACCACACCGUGGAUGACCCAUGGGGUGUAUAAGACCACCGUCCGCCCUCUCUCCACUGCACCAGUGGUCCUGGCCACCACCCAGCCUGCCUACGCUGAGUCAGGGAGUGCAGAAGGCAGUGGAGACCAAGAGAUGGGCAUCAGUGGAGACCAGGAAUCUAGUGGGGCAGGCUCUGCCGGGGAAGAGGAGGUGGAGGAAAACCAGGUAACUUCCACCCCAGCCAUCGAGAGGGCAACGUGUUACAACACCCCGCUGGGAUGCUGCUCUGAUGGCAAGACGGCCGCUGCUGAUGCAGAAGGCAGCAACUGUCCAGCUACCAAAGUCUUCCAAGGAGUCCUCAUUUUGGAGGAGGUGGAAGGUCAGGAGCUGUUCUACACCCCCGAGAUGGCUGACCCCAAGUCAGAGCUCUUUGGGGAGACGGCCAGGAGCAUUGAGAGUGCGCUGGAUGAGCUUUUCCGCAAUUCUGAUGUUAAGAAGGAUUUCAAGAGCAUCCGUGUCCGAGACCUGGGGCAGAGCAGCGCUGUCCGUGUCAUUGUGGAGUCCCACUUUGACCCAGCCACGUCCUACACGGCACCUGACAUCCAAGGGGCCUUGCUGAAGCAGAUUAAAGCUUCCAAGAAGAAGACCAUCCUGGUGAAGAAGCCCCAGCAGGAGCAUGUCAAAUUCAUGGACUUUGACUGGAUUCCCAGGCUCUUCACCACCACUGUCACCACAACCACAGCCACCACCAUGGCACCUGCCACCACCCGCAGGUACACCACAGCCGCCGCUGCCACCACAGUCCACGUCCUGCGCCCAGAUGCCGCCGGCCGACCCAGCACCAAGCUGGCAGGAGCUGUGAGCACCAAGAGACCCACCUCCACCCUCCCUGCCACCACCCGGCGCAAGCCCACGCGCCAGCCCCCCACCACAAAGAAACCCUCACGUCCCUGUGACUCCCACCCCUGCCUGCACGGUGGCACCUGCGAGGAUGACGGGAAGGAGUUCACCUGCAGCUGCCCAGCAGGAAAAGGAGGAGCUGUCUGUGAGAAACCUAUCAGGUACUUCAUCCCCAGCUUUGGUGGCAAGUCCUACCUGGCCUUCAAGAUGAUGAAGGCGUACCACACCGUGCGCAUCGCCAUGGAGUUCAGGACUGUGGAGCUCAGCGGGCUGCUGCUCUACAACGGGCAGAACCGAGGCAAAGACUUCAUUUCCCUGGCACUGGUCGGUGGCUUUGUGGAGCUCAGGUUCAACACCGGCUCUGGCACGGGUGUCAUCACCAGCAAGGUCCGCGUUGAGCCUGGCAAGUGGCACCAGUUAGUGGUGAACCGCAACCGCCGCAGCGGCACGCUGUCUGUGGAUGGGGAACCCCACGUCAGCGGGGAGAGCCCGACCGGCACCGAUGGGCUCAACCUCGACACGGAUCUCUUCAUCGGGGGAGCACCUGAGGAUCAAAUGGCUGCGGUGGCAGAUCGUACUGCAGCUACAACCGGCCUGAAGGGCUGCAUCCGCCUCCUGGAUGUGAACAACCAGAUGUAUGACCUGCGGGAGAAAGGCAGCGACGUGCUGUAUGGCAGCGGGGUGGGCGAGUGUGGCAACGACCCCUGUCACCCCAACCCCUGCCACCAUGGCGGCAUCUGCCACGUCAAGGAGGCAGAGAUGUUCCACUGCGAGUGUCUCCACACCUACACCGGGCCAACGUGUGCUGACGAGAGGAAUCCCUGUGACCCGACGCCCUGCCACGUCUCUGCCACCUGCCUGGUGCUGCCAGAGGGAGGUGCCUUGUGUGCCUGUCCCAUGGGCCGGGAAGGAGACUUCUGCGAGCUAGUGACAGAGCAGGACCACACCAUGCCCUUCCUCCCGGAGUUCAAUGGCUUCUCCUACCUGGAGCUGAAUGGGCUGCAGACCUUCGUUCCUGACCUGCAGGACAAAAUGUCCAUGGAAGUUGUAUUCCUGGCCAAGAAUCCCAGCGGCAUGAUCUUCUACAACGGGCAGAAGACAGAUGGCAAAGGGGACUUUGUCUCUCUGGCCUUACACGAUGGCUACCUGGAGUACAGAUACGACCUGGGCAAAGGGGCAGCUGUGCUCAGGAGCAAAGAGCCAGUUCCCCUCAACACCUGGAUUAGUGUCUUGUUGGAGAGGAAUGGGCGCAAAGGGGUAAUGAGGAUCAACAACGGCGAGAGGGUGAUGGGAGAGUCACCGAAAUCCCGUAAGGUGCCUCACACCUUCCUGAACCUGAAGGAACCAUUUUAUGUGGGAGGAGCCCCUGAUUUCAGCAAGCUAGCUCGAGCAGCUGCCAUCUCUACCAGCUUUGAUGGAGCUGUGCAGAGGAUCUCCAUCAAGGGAGUGCCUGUGCUGAAGGAGCAGAACAUCCGCAGUGCCAUUGAGAUCUCCCCGUUCCGAGGUCACCCCUGUACCCAGAAACCCAAUCCUUGCCAGAACGGGGGCACGUGCAGCCCCCGGCUAGAGAGCUACGAGUGUGCCUGCCAGAGGGGCUUCUCCGGGGCUCACUGUGAGAAAGUGAUCAUUGAGAAGGCUGCUGGAGAUGCAGAGGCCAUUGCUUUUGAUGGUAGGACAUACAUGGAGUACCACAAUGCCGUGACAAAGAGUCCCGAAGCGCUGGACUAUCCCGUGGAGCUCAGUGAGAAGGCUUUGCAAUCCAACCACUUUGAACUGAGCAUCAAAACAGAAGCCACUCAGGGGCUGAUCCUGUGGAGUGGGAAAGGGCUGGAACGAUCGGACUACAUCGCCCUGGCCAUAGUGGAUGGCUUCGUACAAAUGACCUACGACCUCGGCUCCAAACCUGUCAUCCUACGAUCCACGGUCCCAGUCAACACCAACCAAUGGAUUCACAUCAAAGCAUACAGGGUACAGAGAGAAGGUUCUCUUCAAGUCGGCAACGAAGCCCCCAUUGCUGGUUCUUCUCCGUUGGGUGCAACACAGCUGGAUACAGAUGGGGCUCUAUGGCUGGGGGGAAUGGAGAAGCUGAACGUGGCUCACAAGCUGCCCAAGGCCUACAGCACUGGCUUUAUUGGCUGCAUAAGGGACGUGAUUGUCGACCGCCAAGAACUACAUCUGGUGGAGGACGCUUUAAACAACCCCACGAUAUUACACUGCUCAGCCAAAUAGAGCCCCAGGGACCCUUCCUUCUCCUCCCUCCCUCCUGCCUAUUGCUGUAAUUAUUUUCUAUUUUUGUAAACUUAUUGCUUUUUAUAUUUUUGAGGGGGGAGGGGGGGGGAAAGGGAGGGGAGGAAACACCUUUUCUUUUGGGUUAUUUGUUUGGUUGCAGUCUAUCCAGGUCAGUCAGACUCUUAAUCAAAACAGCAGCAACAAAGAACAAACCUUGAACCAAGUCUCCGAGAAGUGACAGAAGAACUUCCCCAUUGCACCUGCAUUGUAAAUCUUAUUCAUACUUGAAGCUUCUUUUUUUUGGGUUAUUUUUCUCCCACUUUACUUGUGUUCUUGAGUUGUUGUUCACACCUGCGGGGAAAAGGGUGCUGGUGAGAUGGGUGGCUUUUGUGGAUUCACCACCUUCCCACCUCUGGCC